AUGGAAAAGCUUUUUAACCAGGAGAAGAAGAAAGGAAAGGGAGAAAAAAAAAGAUCCCGAGGAAUGCUACACCAGACAUAUUGCGGUUCACGUUAUGGAACAGCUGCCGAAUUGCAAUUCAGAAAAGACGUAGCUGUACUUCACCAACCGUUGCAAAUAUCGGGAACCAUAAAAAAGUUAGAUUUUUUUACAAUAAAUCGUGACAUGAUCUUAUUGAAUCAAACUGAAAUUGAAAUCGAGACAAUAUCAAUCAUGGAAAGAUGGCUUCUUAUUUCUUUAUCAAUAUCAAUUUUAUUAAAGGUAAUAGCAGCUUAUACCCAAAGCUCAGGUAAUACUUUAAUGAGGGCAACACGUAAAGUGAUUCAAAUUAUGUGA